CGACAAAAUUCUACCGAGAAAUAUGGCGGCGUGGUUAGACCUCAUUCUUGGGAUAGUUUUGUAGUUGUGACCACUGAAAUUAAAAGCUGAAGAAUUGGGGAAGCUCGCUGUUGAAAAUAGAGAGAUAGGGUUUUGUGAGAAGAAAGGUAAAGUAGAUCUGGUUAUGAUUAAGAACAUCAACAACCGUGCACCCAGUCCAGCAAUGGUAUUGCACCCAGUGCAGCUAGAAGGUAUUUCAAGAAUAUUUGAUGUCGAAUGUGAGAUACUACGUAGCAUUCGACACAGGAAUCUGACAAGCGUCAUAAGCAGUUGCUCCAAUGAAGAGUUCAGGGCAUUAGUACUUGAAUAUAUGGCAAAGGGAAACCUUGAAAAAUGGUUAUAUUCCCACAACUAUUGGUUGAAUAUGAUGGAAAGAUUGAAUAUAAUGAUUGAUGUUGCAUCUGCUUUGGAGUAUCUUCACCACGGUUAUUCAAUGCCCAUUGUCCACAGCGACUUGAAGCCUAGUAAUGUGCUGUUAGAUGAAGACAUGGUUGCCCAUGUAAGCGACUUUGGGAUAGCAAAGUUGUUAUGCGAUGGAGAUAGCUCUGUGUUAACCAACACGCUAGCAACAUUGGGUUACAUAGCUCCAGAGUAUGGUUUGGAAGGGCUAGUUUCAACGAGGUGUGAUGUGUAUAGCUGCAGGGUGAUGUUGAUUGAAACUUUUACAAGAAAAAGGCCUGGUGAUGAUAUGUUUGGCGGAAAUAUAAGCUUAAAGAGAUGGGUAGAACUCUCACUUUCGAAGAUCCCAGACAUGCCAACUUAGUCAUGAAUUUGGAGGAAGAAAUGAUUGACAAGAAUAUGCAGUGUGUAUCAUCCAUACUUGAAUUGGCUCUAAAAUGCUCUGCCGACUCUCCCGGGGAUAGAAUCAACAUGAAACAAGCACAUGCAGAGUUGCUGAAAAUUAAACAUCGAUUUUCCCAAUGAGAUUCAAGUAAGCUAUUUCAAAGUUCUAAGAUAAUAUUGUUCUAUUACCAUUUUAUUGAUGCUCAAGCUAUUCCCAAUGAGCUUUUUUCUUGUGUUAUUCCAGAGAUGCCGCACAGGUCAUAUGCUCACUUCAUCCGUACUCUUAUUAAUGAUUAAUGAUAAUUUAAUUAUGUACUCUUAUUAAUUUGUUGUAUUAAUGCGAAAGUAAAAUGUAAUAUACUACUACUAAGUAAUAUGGGUUGGAUUUUGUACAUGCAUGUUGUAUAUGGGCUGGAUUUUAUUUGUUGAUAAUUUGGGUUGCCAAUUUAACUUUUUGUUACAUAUUGUGUUUUGAAUGGAUAAUUAUGAAAUCAUUUUUUCUAUUUCUAAUUUAUGCUUCUGUUAAAUGUCAUUGACAAGAUAUAACAUGUCGAGUUUU